AUGAUGCGAAUCGUUUCUAAUGUCCUUUUCCUAACCAUUGUACUUGGUACGUAUGUUUCAGCUGUUCGAAUUGGUUCAUUUAAUUUACAUCAAUAUGGAAGUAAAAAAGCUGCUAAUGCAACAUUAACAAAUGUUGUUGCUAAAAUUAUUAAUGAUUUUGAUUUGGCAAUUAUUCAAGAAAUUACUGAUGCAUCACUAAGAGCUCCUCAUGUUUUACAUGAUGCAUUAAAUAAAGUUUCAGCCACAUCAGGUGUUGAACUUGUUAAUGCUUAUCUUUAUGAAGAUGUUCCAGAUAAUUUUGAACGACCACCUUUCAUUGGUACAUUUAAAGUUAAGAAACCAGGAAAAUCUGGUGUUAAAUUCUUUACUAUUAUGAAUGUUCAUUUACGACCAGAUGCUGCAUACGCAGAAUUACUUAGUAUGCGUGUUGCUAUUGAAGAUUUUAUUACUAAACAUCCACAAUAUUUUGAUGAAACAUCAACAUCAUUCAAUGAUGCUUUAGAACAAAAUGUUGUUGAUGCAACAGUUGAUAAUAAACCAAGUUUGAAAACUAAUCAUCCUAUUUUAAUUGUUGGUGAUUUUAAUGCUGAUUGUUCAUAUAUUUCACUUAGACGUCAAUUAAUGCUUCGAACAAUCAGUUAUGUUGAUUUUACAUGGGUGAUUAAUAAUCAAGUUAAAACAAACACUCGACAAACAUGCACAUAUGAUCGUGUUUUUAUUAAUGGUGAUAAAUUUGUUAACGCUAUUGUACCAAACAGUAAUACAACUGUUCACUUCCAAGAACAAUUGGGUAUGACAUUGGAUGAAGCUUUGGAUAUCAGUGAUCAUAUACCGAUUAAAUUCGAUAUUGAAUGGUAA